AUGAACGGUGAAGGGAUCUCUGAUGGUUUAUCGGCUGAGAGGAAAGUGAAAACCAGCGCAAAGAAGAACGGAAGAAAGGUUAUAGUUGAGAAAUCUGCAGCUGAAGGCUUACCUGAAGGAUGGAUCAAGAAGCUUGUAAUAUCAAACAGAUCAGGCCGUAAAAGUAGAAGAGAUCCAUUCUUCAUUGACCCUAAAGGUGAGUAUAUCUUUCAAUCCUUCAAAGCCGCAUCACGGUAUGUUGAAACUGGAGAUCUUGGAGUUUAUGCACGUAAAUUGAAGGAAAGCGAUAUCGAUGAUGAUGAUGAUUCCGGAAAUGGAAAGAACGUCCUUCAUCUGGAGUCUGCAGAUGAUUUAUUGGAAAACGAGAAGAGCAUAGAUAGUUAUGUAAGAAACAGUAAACGGAGAAACUUAUCAUCUUCUGAUGAACAUUCUGAGAAUUCUAAAAUGAAUCCUGACUUGAGCAUCGAAGCAUCACAAGUUCUUGAAGGUUUAGGGAAGAAAGAAGAGGCGAAGGAUACUAUCGAAAAGCAGCCCAUAGCGAAACGGGUUACUAGGAGCCAAGCUAAAGCAAGUAAGAGCGAGGAAGAUGUAGACUUAAAGAGAGAAAAACCAUCUUCAUCAAAUGCAAAAUCGAGGAGUGCAAGUUCACAAAGUCCAGAGAAGAAAUCUGUUGUGAAGGAGAAAGAGGUACGAGGCUCUACUGAAAAACAGAUCACAAGGAGUAAAGCUACAGUGAAGAAGAAAGAGUUAACUGAUAAUGUAGCUCGAAGAGCAUCAAAGCGGUUAGCUGGUAUUGAGCUUGAGCCGACGCCUGAGCUGAAAACAAGAACUAAAGCUCAACGAGUAGUGCCUCCUGAUAAUGUUGAGCAGCCUGUGAGUCUUGCCGCAACCGAUGGUUUGAAAAAGACUGAUAUGCCUCUCACUGAGGAAGUAGCCAAAAGCUAUAGUGAACAUUCAUCUCCAGAACCAAAUGGUAUUGCUACAAGCAGCAACCAUGUGAGUACAGAAAUGGAAGUGCAGAUAGAAAAGAUCAGUAAACCAGUAGCUAGAAACGGCUCUGGAGACAAGAAGAAGAUGAAGGCGCCACUGGUGAUAUCCGAGUUUGAACUGAACCCAGUUUUUCAUCUUGACGGUUACAGGGAGAAGGAGGAGAUGUCUCCGGUGUCACCAUUGUCUCGCCAAGCUUCUACAACGAAGCGUGAGAAGACACCAGCAGGCAAAAGAUUAGGUCGGUCGAGUCCAAAGACCAGUAAAGUCACCAGUCCGAAAGCAGCUGCGAUCUCGCCUCUGAGAUCAUCACAUAAAGGAAACAAACCAAGCAACGACUCAUUUCAAUCCUCUGUUGUUAAAGGCACAUACUCGGGAGGAGUGAUGGAGAACAAUACCACCAACAACAGCUUCUCCUUCUCCUCCUCUUCAGCAUUUGACUCGACUCUUGCUGAUCUUUGGAAAGAUCCUUGCAUCGCCUUUGCUAUCAAAACACUGACCGGAGAAUCAAUCUCCUCUGAUCCGAAUAACAACAAUCAUCACGCCGAGCAGAAAGGAGCCGCCUUUUUCCCAGAGACUCCAGAAAAACCGGGACUUUCUAGUGAAUCAUUGUGCAUGGAAGAUAUCUGGAAUGACCCGUGUAUCGACUUUGCUAUCAAAACCUUAACUGGGGCAAUCCCGAUCGGGUUAGAUGAACCGGCUGUAAAACCGAAAUCCGAGGGGACAUCAGCGAGGCAAGAACCAGAAGGUAGGCAAAACAGCAGCAACUUGUUGGUUCAACAGUGUAGUAACAUGAAGAAAAAGAAGACUGGAGAAAUCUGA